UGAGCCUCCUCCGAUCGUGUACUCACGGAACAGUUCCGCUGCAGCUCGUUGGCGCGCGUGCAGGGGCCCAGUGACCCACAUUCUUAUCUAACGCAGCGCGUUAGCCGGUUAGCUGCGGCGAAAAGUAGGUUGUACGCACACCGGAGCAGACGAGACGUUGCUUGUUGUUAAAGUCAUCAGUCGCGUGGAAUAUUAACGGAUAUUUCUUGCCCCGAUCGUGGCUGUCAGACACCAUAGGAAGUCUUUCCUGCUGAGAUUGAUCUUCCUCUUCCUGCGACAGAUAUGCAAAAUGAAAGCCCAUCUAUGGAAUGGCAAAUUGCUCAGCCCUGGUCCAACCAGUCUUUGCUUUAAAUAACUUCUCCUGAUCAUCUGUCACUAAGGUCCCUUCACAAAUGUCGACCACACGACUAAAAGACCCCUCCCGAACUCCGCAACCUUGAACAGGAGCAAGAUGACAUCGAGCAUUGACCAGAAUGACAACAGCAAAUUUGAUGGGUUAAUGGAUGAAGAUGAAAAGGAUAAAGCAAAACGUGUGUUGCGAAACAACUCAGAGAAGGUACGGAGAGAUCGGUUUAAUGAACUGAUCAAAGAGCUGGGUGCCAUGAUGCAGGGUGACACCGGCAAGAUGGACAAGUUGACCAUUCUGCAGAAGAGUAUUGACUUUCUGCAGAAACACCAAGACAUUUCUGCACAUUCAGAAUCAAAAGUGAUCCAACAAGACUGGAAACCGCCUUUUCUUAGUAAUGACGAGUUCACACAGUUGAUGCUGGAGGCAUUAGAUGGAUUCUUCCUUGCUAUUAUGACUGAUGGUAAUAUCAUAUAUGUGUCGGAGAACGUCACAUCCUUACUGGAGCACCUUCCUUCUGAUCUUGUGGAUCAAAACCUGCAAAACUUCCUGCCCACUGGGGAGCAUUCAGACGUCUACAAGGCUUUGUCUUCUCACAUCAUGGAAGCAGCUAAAGAUCAAAUUGAGUUCUGCUGCCACAUGGUUCGAGGGACGGUCGAUUACGACGGGCCCCCAGUGUAUGAAUAUGUGAAAUUCAUCGGAAACUUUGUGUCCCUAAGUAACGUGCCUAACUGUCCCCAAAAUGGUUUUGAAGGAAUGCUGCAGCGAUCGCUGCACUCUGCAUUCGAGGAACGAGUAUGUCUGGUUGCAACUGUGAGGUUAGCUAAACCACAGUUUAUCAAGGAAAUGUGCACUAUAGAAGAGCCAAACGAGGAAUUUACCUCAAGACACAGUUUAGAGUGGAAGUUCCUAUUUCUUGACCACAGAGCUCCACCCAUCAUUGGCUAUCUUCCAUUUGAAGUCCUAGGCACGUCAGGUUAUGACUACUAUCAUGUGGACGACCUGGACUCUCUCGCAAAGUGCCAUGAACAUCUGAUGCAGUAUGGCAAAGGCACUUCCUGCUAUUACAGGUUUCUCACCAAAGGGCAGCAGUGGAUUUGGCUUCAGACCCACUACUACAUCACUUACCACCAGUGGAACUCCAGGCCAGAGUUUAUUGUCUGCACACACAGUGUAGUCAGUUACAGCGUAGUGAGGGCGGAGCAGCGCAGAGAUAUUGGUGUUAAAGAAACACCACCGGAAAACACUGCUGAUAAGUCUCAAGAGUCUGGGUCUGAAUGUCAGCUGAACACCUCCAGCUUGAAAGAAGCCUUGGAUAGGUUCAACCACAGCAGAACUCCCUCUGCAUCGUCUCGUGGCUCACGGAAAUCCUCACACACGCCCAAGUCCGACCCUGCUUGUAAGCUCUUAUGCUCCUCUUACCAGCCAUGGUCUUGUUUCUGAUCAGAACUGAAUCUUCCCCCAGCGUCACAGAUGAAACCACAAACAGACCGGAGCCCCUCAGGUCGCCAGUCUGUCUCCACGGUUGAGGUGACAUCACAGCGAAGGUCCUCCAUUAGCAGCCAGUCUAUGAGUUCUCAAAACACGGGCCAGAACACGACCCUGCCGUUGGUCUCCCAGCCUUUCCAACAGCAGCAGCAGCAACAACCACUUCAGACCAGUCAGGCAAUGAUGCAGUUCUCCAGCCAGAUAGAAGCAAUGCAGCAGUUGAAGGAGCAGUUGGUGCAGCGGACAAAGAUGAUUGAGGACAACAUACAGCGGCAGCAGGACGAGCUGCGGCAGAUCCAGGGAGAGCUGCAGAAAGUGCAAGCACAAAGUCUGCAGAUGUUAGUCCAGAAAGGAGCCGUGGGAGUGAACACUUCCGUGCAGCACGGAGGGACUCUCAGCCUGCCAGGUCAGGUGGUCGCCGCAGGGCCGCUGCAGUGUAACAGCCUGCAACCGAAUGCUGUGCUACAGACCUCCACUCAGCUGCAGAGGUCAGGGGCCAGUCUGCAGCCACAACAACUUCCAGCCCCACUCUACAACACCAUGAUGCUGUCCCAGCAGAACCCUACGAACAUGCUCCAGAUAGCCAACAGCAUGGCCCACAAUGCAGGAACCAAUACUCCUGCUCUGGACCGAGCUGCUCCAUUUAGGUUUCCUGCUGCUCCCCAGCUGUUGACCAAGCUAGUGACUGGACAGAUGGCUUGUGGAGCCGUUAUGGUCCCCACCACUAUGUUAAUGGGACAGGUGGUGACGGCGUUCACACAGCAGCAGGGUCAGCCACAGACCAUUGGCAUUUCUCAGCAGCCGACUCAGGAACAGCAGGGUCCUCAGUUGCUUCAUGGGAACCAGUCCACCCAGCUGAUCCUGUCGGCUUUCCCUCUACAGCAACAGGGUUCAUUCAGUUCCACCACUCAACCGAAGCAGCCACUAGUUCCUCACAGAACGGACGCUCGAUCGGACCACUGUGCCGCACAGCCUCAGUAGUUCCAUGCUCAAUGAGGUUUUGGGCAAUUUUAACCCGAGAAAAAGACUCUUCAGAAGACGAGCAACACAAGUGGAGAGUCUCUGCUUCCCUUUUCCUAAAGGAAUUACUUGCACUAAACUGCUGAAGAUUGAGACGUGUCUUUGAACAGGGACUACUCUUCACUAAGAUGGACGUCUCCACACACAGUGUAUCCAGUGUUUCCAUGCCACCAGUCAAACGCUGUUCAGUCAAAACAGAAGCGCCUUCAUGUGAACAUCAAAGACAUCCUGCAGACAAGCUAACAAUGUUACAUUUUCAUUUUUUCUAUUGUAAAAAAAUAUUCCUGGGUCACAGUAUUUUAUAAGGAUGUGGUUCAUUAUGUGUAAUAUAUACUGUAAAUAGGUUGUAAAGAAAGCUGUGAUAUUUUAUAUCGUGCCUCUGAGGAAAGGUGUUUUGUUUGCGGCUAUUGACUUUUUAAAUAUCAGAAAAUUGAACAGUGGCUGAUUCCUUCCACCAGUUUUACUGUUCGCUGUUUGGAAUGGCGCUGUCACAGAAGAAAAGAAAUAUAUAUAUUUUCAUUGUCCUUGUCAAGUCCAUAAAAAAGCAGCAGUAUAAUCCAUGAAAUAUCUCUGUCCAUAUCUACAUUUUGGAACCGUAUUGCAAUCAGAUCUUCAUGUUGCAUAUGAUAUUGAAUAUCUGUCUGUUACUGUGUCCACCACAGAGCUAUUCAAUGAUUCCCUCAGCAUGUAACUCAUACAGUAAGUUCUAUUGUUUAACUCUUAACCUUUGGCUGCUUCACAGAUUUGCUGUCAUGUGUGACACACUGCUGGAAUGCUUGCGUCUCUCAUCACGCUUCAAUAAAACAGCCACCAACUUUCCAUGUUCGCGGAAUCAGGAUAUAGAACAUUUCAGAGGAACAACACAUGUAAUUUGGUCUUAUUAAUAAACACAUUUGUGUCAAAUAUUAGGUGUUUGGGGUUAGAUUAGAUUAGGUAUUAUUCUGACCUUUUUCAAAGUGCAAAUGAAUAUUACUGCGUCCUGCAUUUUGGAACACAUUGCGCGUCCAUUUUGCAUAACAGGAGAACUUUUCCGUACCAUUGUAACUUUAUUCUAGACAGAGCUUCUCUAUUAAAUACAGGUAUAACCUGACCAGCAUUACUUCCGCAUUGACUUAGCUGGAAAAGAAAUGGUUUAAUUAUUUAGAUUUCGAAUGGCAUUUAUUUUCCUUGCUAACAAUACUGCCAUCUACUGAUCAUUUGUAUAUUACACAUUGCGAUUGGGAUUAAAGGACGAUGUUAUUUUCAAAACACCAAGAGAAGGAAAAGGGAGCAGAUCUGUUAUGUGGCACGGUUUAGGGCGCUAAUCAACCAAAACAAGAAACACUUAGGAUUUUAUUGAGUUUUUAGAUUUAGGCAUGUAAAAAUCAACCAGUAACAUCAGUCCAAAUAGUCCCGAGCUGCCCUGCGUGUCACGCACUGACAGCACAUCGUUUCUUAGACGCUUACAAAAAUAUGUUCAUCGCUUUAUUCAAGCGAGCUCUUGGAUUGUUUCUACAGUACUUCUGCUUUAAGAGGAACUCAAUAAAUACACUUUAAAUAAAAGGCAAAUGAAACCCUAAGAAUAGCAGGUGGUGCUGGGCCAAAGCAGGGAUGAGUGGAUUC